UUUCCUUUCCAAGCCAAUUUAAUUAACUUGUGGUUUCAACUGCCGAGCAGAGCAGAUGAAGAAAGUGAAUGUGACAUAGAUCCGUGCCAAGUUAACAUCAUGAACCUCGUGACAGAGGAAUCCAAUGUGGGUAAUACCACUCAAGCUAUUCUUAAUGGCUUUCUGCCUCGAGACGAAGAUCACGUUCUGCUUUACCACGCUACGGAUCACUUCAGCGCGGUCGACAUAUUGCUUCGAGGAAUAGAUUUGUGCGCGGGACGGCAAAAGCGCGAUUUCAGCUGUGGAUCAGGCUUUUAUUUAACAAACAGUUUGGAUAGUGCGUUAGGCUGGGCCAAAAGCACCACUGCCAAUGCAGCCAUUCUUGUUUUCCAAGUAAAUCACCAAAUUCUAAACGCUGCCAGCAGAGAAAAUUUGGACAAUAAUGAGGAAAGAUGGAGUGAAAUCGUGUCGUCAUUUCGAUCGGGUCGACGAACGGCAAAAAUGCGGAAGAGUUUGAGUACAUUUGACUUGAUCGAAGGUCCUGUGGCUACAUUAACAGCCGGUGAAUCCUCUGAAGAGGACAUAUUUGAGGCAAAAGCCUCGUCCUAUCAGAUAUGCCUUAUAUCGGAAGACUUUGCAGAAAAUUUCCACCAAAAUCUUCAUUCUAUAAUAUUCUACUACUUUUCUUAACUGUAUGCCUAGGAACAUUAUGAUAAUUCAGUGAAGGCUUACAAAAGGAAAAUUAUAAUACUUUUCGUAGAGAGUGUUUGUUUUGAAAUUUUAAAAUUGGCUGAACUUGCUUGAAUAAGUUUUUGAAAACUUCAAUGUUAUAAAACCUUUAAACCUUAAGAGAAGAGAGCAUCAAAUGCUUUAUCAAUGUUUAAAAUUUAGUAUGAAGAACAGUAUCACAAUAAUAAAUUUAAUGUAUUCUUUAAACAUCUCGCCACCACUUCCAUGUUUAGGGGCACUAACAUAUAAUAAUUAGUUUUGAUAUUAGGGCUGAAUCUUGUCAUUAGAAGCUAAAUGCCUCUUUUCAAGUUUCAAAUGCGGAAUAUGCAAUAGCAGUUUUUUUUCUACGAAAAUGUUUUGUGUAAAAAUGAAAGUAGAAAUGCUUAGAUUUUAAAAGUUUAAACUUCCAGUGUAAAAAUGUGCAAAAUUAGACAGGAUUUGGUUAAUAAUGUGUCGCUCAUCAUUACCAGAAACUUUUCAUAAAGACUUCAAAAACUCAUUAAUAGUUCAUAAGGAAAAAACAAAACAAAUGAAUGUUUAGUGUCAUUGAGUCUGUUUACAUCUGAUUAAGACACAGGUAAACUUUACGUCCAAUUUUUUAGACCAAAAAAACCUUAAAUCUAAAUAUUGGUGAAAGAAUGGGUUGAUCUCUUUGAGAGAUUUUGAAGCCGUUCAAAAAACUCGCAGUCGUGUAUUAUCAGGUUUGAAAAUUCUCGGCAAACCUGAUAAUACUCUGCUGCUCGUUUUUAAACAGUACUUAGAAAUUUCGCUGGCAUGAGAUAAAAUCAAAUGUCAAGCCAAACUCCAAACCUUCGUUCUGUCAUUAUACAAUUCGCUUGCUGUAAUGCAUUGUAAGUUCAGUAAUAAAUGAAUUGAAUUACAUCUUACAUCAUAAAGUUGCUCGGUAGUUGUCGCUGACAUGUUCAGGUUCAACCCUUGGUGUCCCCACACUUUAAGUGCGUGUUAGCCCUUGUCAUGACACCUGUUCGGGGUACUGAGAAAGAGCCUUAUUUACCCUGUGAAUAUCGCUUAUUAAUAUAUCCUCGUAAUGUGAAAUGCCCCAUCCCGUGUCUCUCUUUCGUGAUAGUUAAGCUAAAAAGACAUCUGUGUUGGACGCUAUAAUCCCCAUGAAUACUUUAGUUUUUAGGGGGAGGAUGGUCACGCUUCGUGAAGUCAUACUGUUUUAAAGAAAAACAAGCCUACAGUGAAUUGUUUAGAAUGUAACAGCUCCGUUAUUAGGCUUGGCUAAAUCCGUGUAUUAUCUUUCAGUACAACUUAUCUUCUCUUUGGUUUCAGAGAAACAAAUUUAAAAACAACUAUUUUCUAUAAAGAAUUAUCCAAGUCCCUUUAAAAUUCCCUAUCAAUAACCGAGCCAUUUAGAAUGCGCAUUCCCUUAUGCAUUGUAUGCGUUAUCUGUACAAUCAUUUUCAAAAUCCACUGGGAAGGAAACUUUUUAAGAGUUUUGUAAGCCAAGAAAUCCACUACCUUGGCUGAACAGAGACAGGAAUCUGUGGUGCUGAUAUUUGAACAUCAAGUAAACGGAUGGAACAUCUACAAGAAAAACCAUAGAGAGGUCGAGGGAUGUGUUAAGAUUUCAAAAGAAAAACCUUGCUUUAAUAAAAUUGUAAUCAGUUUCUUACUAAGGGUACUAAUAAGUCAGUGACAUCAAAAUGAAGAAACAGAAGGGUAGAAAGUAACUGUUCCUAUUCCACUUGCAUUAUUAAAUGUUGAACUAUUCCACUUUCUGAUCUGAAAUCUCCUCUGGCACAUUUUUAGUUAGACUCACCUUCACCCGAUAUAUCAGUUACUUGUCGUAUUUGUCGGUAGUCAGAGAUAAUGUCAGUUCUUGUUACAACACAGUACAACAUUAAUAAUCCGCUCCUACAAAUGUUGCAAAAGGAUAAAUUGAAAAAUAAUGACAGCACUGAUGAAUUACCUUCUCGUCAAAUAAUCAAGAAAUGUUAUAGACUCCUCCUACGUUGAUUUUCCUGUUUUCGAGAUAAAUGGUUUUUAAUAGAGCACAAACACAUUGCUUUAUGGCGCGAUGCAACAGCGAUAGUAAACGAUAGCCAUAAGUUGUUUUAGUUUGAUCACCAGGUAUUGCUCCUCAAAGAAAUGAUGGCAAUAAACAAAUUCAUACGUUUACGAUACGUUUUAGUAUUGAUAACAAUUAGAAGAAUGCUAUAGGUGUUAUCAUGUACUCAAACAAAGAAAACAACUUCUUUAUGGCUAAUGUUCAAAGAAAAUUACAGAAUGGAGGCUUCGAUCAAAUAUCUCAGCACAACUGUCUUCUUUAACACAUAGUUGAUAUGUACCAUGUCUCUGCCUCGGAUCAUCGUCAUUUAGAUUCCUGCUAGACCAAGAAGCCAUAGGCCCUUCGAUAAAGUCGUACUCCCUCAAACUUUUGACAAAUUUUUUAGCUGGCCGUCCUGAGUGAAAUUGCUUGAUCAACUCUGACCAUCUCUUCUUGUUAUUCCUCAGAUCCAACCCUUUAUAUGGAUCUCGCAGCUCCCUCUUCUCGACACAAAAGACAAGGACAGCAAUUUUAAGGUGUCCACGAGAUGCUGGCCAUCUGCAAGCUUCCUCAAAGUCUUCACCAAGAUAGAAACCGUCCCCGUUGCUGAAAUCUUGGCAAUCAGCCCCCUUUUUAAAGUCGAUGCCACCUUCUAUAAUGUCCUGAGCGUAUUGGUGUCCUGUUCCAUGGAAAAAUACUUCAUGAUUGCCAUCAAUAAGUGAAUUCAUGAAAUCAUCGACGCCAUUUUGGGAUAAGUAGCAUUUAGUAAUACUUUCCUUACCGGCUUUAUCGACAUUUAUUACCUUUACCGGCUGUUUUCUAUCGUUCUUAUCAUCUGGUAGAGUGAACCACUCAUUAGUGACUGUCUCCUUGUACGGAAAACGGUUACACUUGAAUAAAACAUUCCCAAGGUGUUCAAAUACAUGUAGGAAGUGAGAUUUAAGAUGCAGGAAUAAUCGGCUGGCUCGAGGAAAAUUCUCCACAUUCUCCAUUUUCGGCGUGUAGAACCACUCAAUCAUUUCUUGCAGGGUCUGAAACCAUCGUUGAAUUUCGCUAGCAUCAAAUCUUUUUAUCCAAGUACAUUUCAGAUUGGUUGCCAUCGCGCUUGAGAUCAUCAUCCUUUCAGUCAUCGCUAUUGCCUUCGGCAUACGAUUAGCAAGAAACGCACAGAAUCGCCCUUAUAACGCUGACCGCUACAAAUUCCCAGAAACUCCCUUAAUUCUGAGAAAUUCAAGCAAACCAUUUGGGAGAUUUAUGAGAUUGACCAUAUUUGAUAGAGCGCAGCGCUAAACGUAGGCUACAUGGAACAACCUGGAUAAAAAGAUGUAAUCUAACAAACUUUCUAGCAUUGGCUAUACGACCCACUUUAACGCGAAGAGACUUUCCAUCAGGCAGACGAAACAGUAAUGAAUGAUUUUAAAAACCACAUCGAGCAAAGAUUCAGACAAAUUUUCGAAUUCUCCCUUCCCUCCUUUUCACCUUUCUUUUGUACGGUUCAUUGGCUGACGUGACUGAUAUCGAUCCCGUUUCCAUGGCAAAAUACUCUAACCGGUGACAAGAAUAAAUAAGUAAUACGUGGCUCUGUGGGAUUCUUUAUAUUCAAAUAUGGCUGGUUAGACAAUUUAUUUUCUCGCAUUUAAUUCUCUCUCAGAUUCAUGUAGCACCAAUCUUUUGGAUAUUUCGAGACGUGCCUUACACAUUGGCGAGAAUCAAUCCAAUUCAAGUGUGACCAUGGAUGAGAGAACGAGUACAAGGGCCUUUUAUUUUGACUACUGAUUCAGAAGAACUUCGGAAAAAUCAGAACCCUCAUGACGCGAAAUAAACCACGAAACUCAAAGCUUAACAUGUUGGAAAGAGACUGUACCGAUCAUUGGGACAAUCAAAACUGGUCACAACUAUGUGUUCUGCUCGGAUUAAAACUCGACUUCCUUGACUGCCUCGACGAAAUACCGCCCGAAUUUCGUGAUCGUUAUACACUCACUGACUGGAUAAUUACUUUCUUGAAAGCAAAGUGUGAGCCAGUUUGCUCGACAACCAAAUCAUCUCUCACCAAAGAGCUGCUUGAGGAAAUCGGUUUUGAUCCACAUAGUAAAUCCGUUGAAACAAUAAUUGCGCGCGCAUUCGCAGGAAAUUCGCAACACCACGUUGAAGCGUGCGAAUGGGCAGAAAUUUUUGUCAGAGAUGAGUUGAAGUACAAUCCUACAUGGAGUGCCCUGUCUGUGAACUUUCCCUUUCAAAGUAACAUAACGAAUUUAUGGUUUCAAUUCCCGAAUAUGACAAACGAGGAUAGGAAAAGUCAAGAAAGCCCUCGCCACGUCAAUAUAAUGAACUGCGUGACGAAGGAAUCUCGUGCGUACAGGGACACUCAUACAUUGUUCGACAGUCAGUCACAAGGUCAACAAGACGUGGUGCUUUUUCAUGGCACAGACCAUCUCAGCGCGGCCGACAUAUUAGUCCGGGGAAUAGAUUUGUGUGCUGGAAGACAGAAGCGUGAUUUCAGCUGUGGAUCAGGGUUUUAUUUGACAAGAAAUUUAGGUGAUGCUUUAGACUGGGCAAAGAGCACCACAGCAAAGCCCGCCAUUUUGGCUUAUCAUGUCGACAGCAGGCUUUUGGAUAAUUCUAGAAGACUUAAUUUAUUCGAACAUGAAGAUAGAUGGCGCGAAAUUAUUUGUUCGUAUAGAUUGGGUCGGAGAACAGCCAAAACACGAAAGAGUUUGAUAACCUCUUAUGAUUUGAUUGAAGGACCUAUUGCCACAGUGACGACAAACGGAACAUCUUGCGAGUUAGCGUUUGAGCCCAGACCCUCAUCUUAUCAAAUGUGCCUCAUUUCAGACGAAUUUGCGGAGGUUUUUCAGCAGACACUUUACUCGGUUGUAUUUCUUGAUAUCGGAUCGUAG